GUGUGUUUCAAUGUGCAUCCCUUAAACAACGAAUGCAAGCACCGGCACACAUGCGUUCGCGGUUUGUUUUUUUUUUUUUUUUUUUUUUUGCAGGAGCCUUUCAUAACUGAACUACCCUAGUUGAAAUAAAUAAAAACACAUAUCAGCAUUUUUUCACCAUUAGUUUUUCUGUAUUUGCGGUGGCUGGAAGAUGCUUUCUCAGUGGAGUUAUAUCAGACUGUGCUCCCUCUCUACUCUAGUUCGGACUUGCUACUUCAUCUCUGCUGUACUCAGGACACUUGCUAUACCCAAUAAUAAAGUGAAUUUAUUGGACUCUGGAGCUGUAAUAGGUGAUCUGGGAUGGAUAGCCUAUCCGAAGAAUGGGUGGGAAGAGAUUGGGGAAGUGGAUGAGAACUACGCGCCAAUUCACACUUACCAAGUGUGCAAGGUCAUGGAGCAUAACCAGAACAACUGGCUACAGACAAACUGGAUCCUCAAUCAAGGUGCCCAGAGAGUAUUCAUAGAACUCCAAUUCACCCUGCGGGACUGCAACAGUCUCCCCGGGGGCCUGGGCACGUGCAAAGAGACCUUCAACAUGUACUACUUCGAAUCAGAUGAUGAGGAAAGCAGAAAUGUCAAAGAGAGCCAGUACUCCAAAAUCGAUACCAUUGCGGCAGACGAGAGCUUUACAGAGCUGGACCUUGGAGACAGGGUCAUGAAACUGAACACUGAGGUGAGGGAUGUAGGACCACUGACGAAAAAAGGCUUUUACCUGGCUUUCCAGGAUGUCGGUGCCUGCAUCGCUCUUGUCUCUGUGCGUGUGUACUACAAAAAGUGUCCCUCAGUAAUCAGCAACUUAGCCUUGUUCCAGGACACCAUCACUGGGGCCGAUUCCUCUCAGCUGCUAGAGGUGUCGGGCUCUUGCGUCAACAACUCAGUGGCCGAGGAGCCUCCCAGAAUGCACUGCAGCGCCGAAGGGGAGUGGCUGGUGCCCAUCGGGAAGUGCAUGUGUCGCCCAGGUUACGAAGAGAGAAACAGCGUUUGUCAAGUCUGUAGACCUGGAUUCUUCAGGGCCUCCCCUCAGAGCCUGGCUUGCAGUAAGUGUCCUCCACACAGCUACACACACGUCACGGCAUCCACCUCCUGUGAAUGUGAGGACAGCUACUUUAGGAGGGACACUGAUCCGACCAACAUGGCCUGCACAAGACCUCCAUCAGCACCACGCAAUGCAAUCUCCAAUGUCAAUGAGACCAGUGUAUUCCUGGAAUGGACCGCUCCUGCUGACAGCGGUGGCAGGAAAGACGUCACCUAUAGCAUAGUGUGUAAGAAGUGCCGCUCAGGCUCCCAGCAAUGUGAAGAAUGUGGCAGCCACUCCAGGUUCCUCCCCCAGCAGAUGGGGCUCCGCAACACCUCAGUGAUGGUGGUGGACCUUCUGGCGCACACAAACUACACCUUUGAGGUUGAGGCUGUCAAUGGGGUCACAGAGCUCACCUCGCUUCCCAGGCAGUUUGUUACUCUCAAUGUGACCACCAACCAGGCAGCUCCGUCACCAAUCAGUAUUGUAAAGAAGGGAAAGACAGCCAAAAACAGUAUCUCUGUGUCGUGGCAGGAACCAGACCGACCCAAUGGCAUCAUUUUGGAAUACGAGAUCAAAUAUUUUGAAAAGGAUCAUGAGACCAGCUACACCAUCAUUAAGUCUAAAGAUAUGGAGAUCACUGCAGAUGGCUUGAAGCCUGGCUCCGUUUACAUCUUUCAGAUCCGAGCACGCACCGCAGCAGGCUAUGGUGGUUUCAGUCACAGGUUCGAGUUUGAAACAAGCCCUUUUUUCGCUGCAUCAAGUGAUCAGAGCCAGGUUCCCAUAAUCGCUGUGUCUGUCACAGUAGGUGUGAUCCUGCUGGCUGUAGUUACUGGAUUCCUCCUCAGCGGAAGGCGCUGUGGCUACAGUAAAGCCAAACAGGAUCCAGAGGAGGAGAAGAUGCACUUUCACAAUGGUCAUAUUAAACUGCCUGGUGUGCGGACAUAUAUUGACCCUCAUACCUAUGAAGACCCUAAUCAAGCUGUCCACGAAUUUGCAAAGGAAAUAGAUGCAUCAUGCAUUACAAUAGAGAGCGUUAUAGGAGCUGGUGAAUUUGGAGAAGUGUGCAGCGGACGCCUAAAGCUCCCUGGAAAAAGAGAAAUCCCUGUAGCUAUCAAAACUCUGAAAGCAGGCUACACUGAUAAGCAGAGGAGAGAAUUUCUAGGUGAAGCUAGCAUCAUGGGGCAGUUUGAUCAUCCCAAUAUCAUCCAUUUAGAAGGGGUGGUGACGAAGAGUAAACCUGUAAUGAUAGUAACUGAAUACAUGGAAAAUGGCUCUCUUGAUACAUUUUUAAAGAAGAACGAUGGUCAGUUUACAGUGAUUCAGCUGGUGGGAAUGUUGAGAGGGAUAGCAUCUGGUAUGAGGUACCUUUCUGACAUGGGCUAUGUUCAUCGGGACCUCGCAGCACGCAACAUUCUGGCUAACAGUAACCUUGUCUGUAAAGUCUCAGACUUUGGCCUCUCCAGAGUGUUAGAAGAUGAUCCGGAAGCAGCAUACACUACAAGGGGAGGAAAGAUUCCUAUCAGGUGGACAGCUCCAGAGGCCAUUGCAUUUCGCAAGUUUACGUCAGCAAGUGAUGUGUGGAGCUAUGGGAUUGUCAUGUGGGAAGUGAUGUCCUAUGGGGAGAGACCUUACUGGGAAAUGAGCAAUCAGGAUGUGAUUAAAGCUGUAGAAGAAGGCUAUCGUUUGCCAGGCCCUAUGGACUGCCCUGCUGCUCUCUACCAGCUGAUGAUGGACUGCUGGCAGAAAGACAGAAACAGCAGGCCCAAGUUUGAAGAGAUAGUCAGCAUACUGGACAAACUCAUCCGCAACCCCAGUAGCUUGAAAACAUUAAUAAAUGCAUCCAAUAGAGUAUCAAACUUACUAGUGGAGUAUGGUACCAUGAGAGACAGUGCAUGCAGGUCUGUGGGAGAGUGGCUAGAGGCCAUAAAAAUGAGUCGAUACACAGAGCACUUCAUGGAAAGUGGAUACACCUCUGUAGAAGCUGUGGCUCAAAUGACCUUGGAUGAUUUGAGGACGGUUGGUGUGAACCUUGCUGGUCAUCAGAAAAAGAUCCUCAACAGUAUUCAAGAAAUGAGAGUCCAGAUGAUGAACCGCACAAUGUCAGUGUAAACCGAGUGGCCAAUAGUUGCCAAUAACCCUGCACUUUUAAUGAACUGGAACUUAUUUAUGUUUUAGGAAUAUAUGAAAAAAAGGAAGGAACAUUUUUCAAAUGAAGAGAAAACUUCUAUCAACAGUCUACAAAUAUUUGCAGAUAGCUUCCCCAAUUUGUUUCAUCGUCUUCAGGAAGAACAGAGAUACAUGGAAUAUGAAAUUGACUUUGAUAUGUUCUUAAGAGUAACUCCUUUUCCUAUAUUACAACUUCAAAAGCAAUGUCACUUCACCAGUUUCUAUACCGACUGUAAAUUAGCACCCAUGCUGUUUUCCCAAUCCAAACACAGAAACUGUUGCUUCCAAGAACUUAUUUGAACUAAAUUGCUUUUCAGACAUUUGAGACAAACUUUCAAACUUUCAGCAAAACGACAGUGAUUUACUGAAGUUUGCUUUCUUUAUGUCUUAACUGAUCUGCAUUAAAAAGCAAUAUAAUAAGAUCCAUUUCUUCUUAGUAUUCUCUUUUAUAAAUGUAAAACACAAAAAAAGCAAUGACAUGGUGGUAAUUACAUUAGAGGAGGCAAUGUGUAAACUGCUCAAACUAAUCCUUACCACACUGUAUCCAUUUUAUUGUGAAAUGUAAAAAAAAACAAAAACAAAAAAAAGCGAAACAAAAAAAUCAGGACGUCACCCUCCCACUAGCCUGCUAUGUUUAUAUUUGUGCUAGAACUUUAUUAUGUCUUCUUCAUUCACAUAAUGAAUGAAUGUGCGCAGUUAGGGUAUAUGUUUAUAAAAUGCUAGAUUGUCUUUAGUCCCCUUGACAUAAAGACUUAAAUAUAGAUUUUUUGCUGUGGAAUUAUUUGUUUGACCAAUUCUUAGGGACUAUAAAUAAAAUGCAUUAAUACAAAUGUUGUUGACGGUGUAGAAGGUAGUGCAAAAUCUUGACAUUGUCUAAUGUGCUAACACUGCACAGUGGCAGUCACCCCUUCAUCCAAUAUGUUCCCUCAAUUUUUGCUUACCCUAGAGAGCUUAAAAACAGCAACCAAGUCUUCCUUCCCCCUUCAAGGAAACUGUAGGGUAUUGUAACAUAUUAGAGCUGGACCAUGUUGUUAUCACAGUGUGAUUCAUAGCUCCUUAAAAUAUAUUAAAGAUUGGUAGCUGGCUGUGUCAAUAGCAGGGAGGGGGAGGUCAAGGGCUUUGUUUUUCUUGACAUCAGUCUGUUUGUAAAGGCAGCUCAAGGUGUUACAACUUGGUCUAUUCAAUGUGUGGGAAGUCAGGAAAAUUGAAAAAAUGUGUCAUCGUCCUUAAAAUAAUUUGCUGCCCUGAGAAUGUUAUGCUCUUUGAAAUUGGCAAGAUAAGCAGUUACUUGAUAAUACUUGGUCACAGAUUUGUUGCAAAAGAAAAUAACUGGGGGGCAUUCUUUUAUAUUAAUAGCACGAUUGCUUUCUGAACAGCUGUUCUGGAUGAGAAAAGUGCCAUAUAGCCAGAUAUUAUAGAAAUUUAAUUUCUGAUCAUGUUGUGAUGACAAACAGUAUGUGAUAUUUCACUCCAGCAUCAAAAUAAAGCAUUAUCUGGAACAUGAGUUAUACAAUAUAGUUUUACCUGUUAUUAAAAGUACAACAUAGUUCUAGCAUAAGAUUCUUUUUUUUUUUUUUUAAUUAAUACGAUUGCUAUUUAAAUGAAUUGAGGAUAAAUGCUUUUACACACAUCUCUGUAAAAAAUAUACUUGUUAUUUAUUCCGCUUAUUUUCAGAAUAUUUAUACAAAAGCAUAAAGCAGCCAGCUUGAAUAGUCUUUAAAUGUAUAAGCAAUUCCUUGAGAUUUUAAUGAGUUGAAUUGUUUCCAAUUCCUUGCCACUGGUUCCCUGCCAUGUAUACAUUUCUGUUUAAGCUUGAACUGGACUGUUUUACAAAUGAAAGAGAUUUUUGGUCUUCCUUAUUUGGGCACAACCAUCAUGAAGACAUUUAAUUCAUCCAAGAUGGAUUUACUAUAAAGAAUAUGACAGGAAGGAUUUACACAGAUGUCUGUGUAAAAUGUGCUGCUAAUUAUGAUGCAACUUGUAAAACAUUUAAAGGGUUACCUGUUAAAUAUGCAGUAUCCUAGUUUUGUUACACUUUCAAGGAAGAUAAAACUGGCCUUUGCUAGGCAUUCCUUCUGUGUUCCUGAGACACACAUUUAGAGCUGGUCAUUUACACUUAUUUAGUUUUUCAUGUUCUUCAUACCCAUUGUUUUUGUCAGGCUAUUUGCCUUAUAAGGUAAUAGACUAUCAUCUAAUUACCAAAUUUGGCAAUGAACCUUUGUUUUUGGGACAGACAAGUUACAUGUUUCUGGAAUGCAACGUACCUAUGUUGUAUACUUUACAAUGUAAUAAACUAUAAUUACAGUAGCCCUUUGUCAUAAAUCAUACAGGCUCCACUAGUGCAGAAAGUGGGAUCUGACACCUAUAUAUUAUUAUACACCUUUAUUGAUACCAACAAUAACCUAAUAAUUCAAUGUAUUUAAAAGAUUAAAAGAAUCUCUAACAGUAAGUCUAUAUUUAUAAGGCAAUGAUAAGUGGAGUUGGAUCAAAGUCCCUUACCAAGAUCAGUAAGGGGAGCUGUAGGCACUCUCCAAUGCCCUCUGCUGCUGUGUGGUAGGUACGCACUAAAACUCCUGCCUUUGAAACUGUCAAUUGUAUCUAAUACUUCUGCAGAGACUGACUUUGGUAAUUGUGGUAAUGCUUUUAAAAAAUAACCGUGAAGUCUCGUGAAAUUGUCAAUGUAUGUUUUCAUUGCCCAUUUAAAAUCUUACUAUUUGAAUCCUUUUGGAUUGCUUACAAAUACUACUUUGUAAAUUUGGAGAAAAUGCACAAUACUGAUGGAACAGUCAAAGUAGUUAAAGAAAAAGGAUAUUGUAUCUGCAAUGACAUGUUCACCAUGUAAAAGUCAUUCAAUAAAUCUUUUACUCUAGUUCUAAUGAUUCACUUAAAUCAUACCUUUUACUUAAAGGUAUAGAAAAUAAAUAGCUUUGUUGUAUUUAUUGUUUUUGUUUCCAUCC